CACCCUCUCCCCUCCUUGUCCUUCUCCUCCGUCCUUCUCACUUCUGCAAUCUUUCCUUCAGCGAUCUGAAACUAUCCGAACAUACUCGACCUUGUGCGAUUGAUCCAAGAUGGGGCAGUCACCAUCCCAGUUCAUGGAGGACAUGCAGAAGAGGUCCAACUUCAACGCAAGCGAGCUAGAGCGACUGAAGAAGCGUUUCAUGAAGCUCGACAGUGAUGGAUCAGGGUCCAUUGAUCGUGAAGAGUUCCUGCAAAUACCCCAGAUCGCGAACAAUCCACUCGCGUCCCGACUAAUAGCCAUCUUCGACGAGGAUGGUGGUGGAACUGUGGACUUCCAGGAGUUUGUCGGAGGCUUGAGCGCAUUCAGUAGUCGAGGAGGGCGAGAAGAGAAACUGCGAUUUGCCUUCAAGGUGUACGAUAUGGAUCGGGAUGGUUACAUCUCCAAUGGCGAACUGUUUUUGGUGUUGAAGAUGAUGGUCGGCAACAACCUCAAAGACGGGCAAUUGCAACAGAUAGUGGAUAAGACGAUUAUGGAGGCGGACAAGGAUGGAGACGGCAAGCUUUCUUUCGAGGAAUUCGUUCAGAUGGUCUCUAAUACGGACAUUGUCAAACAAAUGACCCUCGAAGAUCUCUUCUGAUAGCCUACUGUUUUGGCACACCGCCCGUCCCGCUCUCUUCACCAUUCUUGCUGCAUUGCCCAGGAUUGUCACGUCUGCCAUGAGUACAGAGUCUUCACAUACGCACGCACGUUUAGCCCUUCCCUUUCUUGUGACCUCGCCGCAUACCACCGAAUGUAAUAUCCCUCCUGUAGUCUGUCGUAUACUAAAGCUUCAAGCUGCCACGCGCGAUACCAUGGAAGCGGCUGUUCACAAUUGAGAUACUUU